ACAGGUUUUGAUAAAUCUCCCCCAUAGUCACUCCGGACUCCAUCUUUCAAGACAUACUGGUGUCAGGAGUGACUGUGUGCUAAGCCAAUUAUUGACUGAGGCGGGACAUCACAGCGGUUGGUGAUUGGCUGACCAACUUCGUCUCUGAAGGUCCUGAGCACUCUGAGCACCGCCGUCAGCUGAUUUGAUCUGGUUUGCGCCCGAGUGUUAUACUGUCCAUCUCAUGGAGCUGAAGUUAUACAGUCCCAUCAGGAAACCACACGUAAACCUUGGAGGACCUCCUCGCGCACGAUUGCCUAGUUUGGGAAAGCGAUUACAGAACAGGAAGUGACUAAUGUAAUAUAAGGAAGAAUACAACACGGAACAGGUCCGCAGAUGAGAAGACAAUAAGAUUGUAGUGAAUAAUGUCAAGACCCCAAUGAUCAGCUGUAAUCUGUAGGAUAGCCAGGAUGCAGGUGCUCAAUUUCCCUGCAGUGCCACCACAGGAGAGAAUGUGGCCUCUAAUUUGGGAUCGUCUAGGAGACAGACGGAAAAGGAACGCUGCGGACAUUAUGAAAUAAUAGUCCCUUAUCUUUUGAGCGGCGAACAGUGGAAGCCGAUAGGUACCAUCUUUCCAAAGGGUCAUCCAUCAGCCCUGAGAUUCCUGGUAAGAUCUAAAGAGGGAGAACUGCUGUUGAAUGUGGAAAGAAAUGAGGGAUUGUUCGCUAGGAACUUCACCACAACCCACUACAUGGAAGACGGUACUACUGUGAUCACUGCGCACAGUCACAAGGAUCGAUGCUACUAUCAUGGAGAGGUAGAGGGACAUCCUGGCUCAUCUGUCAGUUUAAGCAUCUGCUCUGGCCUCAGGGGAUUAAUUACACUUGAAAACCAUGCAUACGUCCUGGAGCCACAGGCUAAUUCUACAAGCGACCAUCUCUUCUACAAAACCCAACAUCUCAAGCUGGCUCCCGGAUCCUGUAACCAACAUGUGAACCUCUCAAGCAUUUCUCUAAAUGACACUUUACAAUACUCUGAAGAUUACUUCCGACGGCACAAGCGAGAUACUUCGAAGAUCACCAAGUAUGUGGAGCUUGUUAUUGUGGCGGACAAUCGCGAGUUCCAGAGACAGGGGAAAGAUGUGGACAGAGUUAAACACAGGCUGCUGGAAAUGGCCAACUACGUGGAUAAGUUUUUCAGACCACUGAAUAUCCGGGUAGCACUGGUUGGUGUUGAAAUCUGGAGUGAUGCAGAUAAAUGCGCAAUAUCCCAAGAUCCAUUUACCAGCCUUCAUGAGUUCCUGGACUGGAGAAAGUUGACAUUACUACCUCAGAAGCCCCACGACAAUGCACAGCUAGUAAGCGGGGUGCAUUUCCAGGGUACAACCAUUGGCAUGGCACCAAUCAUGAGUAUGUGCACGGCAGACAAAUCAGGAGGAGUUGUUAUGGAUCAUUCGGACAACCCUCUCGGAGGUGCUGUAACACUCGCUCAUGAGAUAGGCCACAAUUUUGGGAUGAACCACGACACACUGGAAAGAGGAUGUAACUGCAAAGGAAAUGACAAGGGCGGCUGCAUCAUGACCCCAUCCACUGCAUUCCCAUUCCCAACAGUGUUCAGCAGCUGCAGCAAAAAGGACUUGGACACCAGCCUGGAAAAGGGAGUGGGCAUGUGUCUAUAUAACAUGCCUGAAGUAACAGAGUCAUUUGGAGAACAGAAGUGUGGAAAUGGAUAUGUGGAAGAAGGAGAACAGUGCGAUUGCGGAGAACCAGAAGAAUGUGCAAACCCCUGCUGUAAUGCCAGCACGUGCCUGCUCUCUCCAGGAGCCGUGUGCGCCCAUGGACUCUGCUGUGAAGACUGCAAGCUUAAACCAGGUGGAACUCCAUGCCGAGACGCCAGUAACUUCUGCGAUCUACCAGAGUUCUGCACAGGAACCAGUGCACACUGCCCCGCUAAUGUCUAUCUACAUGAUGGCCACCCUUGUUACACGCUAGACGGCUACUGCUAUAGCGGCAUGUGCCAAACCCAUGAGCAGCAAUGUAUCACACUGUGGGGUCCAGGUGCCAAGCCCGCUCCAGGUAUUUGCUUUGAGAGAGUGAACUCUGCAGGAGAUCCCUAUGGAAACUGCGGGAAAGACACUGCUGGAUCUUUUAUGAAGUGUGAAAGCCGAGAUGCCAAGUGCGGAAAGAUACAGUGUCAAGGUGGCGCAAGCAGGCCCGUCAUUGGCACCAAUGCUGUCUCCAUAGAAACCAACAUCCCCCUGCAAGAAGGUGGAAAAAUCUUGUGUCGUGGUACCCAUGUAUAUCUGGGGGAUGACAUGCCAGACCCGGGGUUGGUACUCACUGGGACAAAGUGUGGAUAUGGAAAAAUUUGUCUCGAUCGUCAGUGUCAAAACAUCAGCGUAUUUGGCGUCCACGACUGUGCAGUGAAAUGCCACGGACAUGGAGUUUGCAACAAUAAGAAGAACUGUCACUGUGAAGCUGAAUGGGCACCGCCAUAUUGUGACAAACCAGGCUAUGGUGGUAGUGUAGAUAGUGGACCCAUGCGAUUUUCAGACAACAGAAGUUUAGUGACUGGAGUGCUGGUGACUAUCCUCUUUAUAUCAGCUGCUGCCUUCAUCAUAUACCUCAAAAGAAGGACUUUGUUGAGAUGGAUUUUUGCAAAUAAGAAGACAACCAUUGAAAAAUUAAGGUCAGCGAGUCCAUCAAGAGCCGGCCGCGCAAAUGAAGCUAAUGAAGAAUACAGCUCAAAGCUGUGCAAACAACUGCUGAGCAAGUCCUUGCCGGGCCACCGGGACGGGAAACCCCACAGACCGCACUGUUAUCAACCGGUCGUCAUUAGUUAUCCAGUAGGAAUACUUGAAUCCCAUGAGCACAAUGUUCUCCACCAGCCACACCGUCCGCCUCCACCUAUCCAAAAGAAUGUGCCUGCUCGACCAUUUCCAGGAAAACCAUCUCUCCAAGGCUUACAGGGGUCGCACAUACCCAGCCCUCCGCAGAAACCACUGCCAGCAGACCCUUUGAAUAAGAGUGCCCGAUCGGAUGGCGUCUUCAGCCCGGUCUAUGUACAUCAGGCAGCCGUGCCUCAGAUUACUCCAGUCAGACCCGCUCCAAAGGUGCCGCCCCAUCGACCCAUCUUUAAGCCUGCCCACCUGAAGUGAGGAGUCGCGGCCCUGUGUGAACUUUGCACUACCCUCCGACACCCAGUUGGAGUCUGUUUACUGAGUCAUCCGAACGUUUAUUCAUUUCCUUUAAAAACAAAAACUGUAAAAGACGUAUACUACAAAGGACUGAGCUGUCGCCCUUGGUGCUAUGCUGUAUGUACUUGCUCAGGUACUUGUAAAUUAUUAAUUUAUGUUGAAUAUUUAGUACAGUGCAGUGCAUUGCGCUAGGUAUAUUUAACCAAAGAUGACUUUCCAAAGAAGGGAAAUAUUUUUGUAACGUCUAAUACACUUGAAGUAUUUUACAAUUUUGCUAGUAUACUGUAUGGAAGGAGGAUUCCACACGUAUGCAUCAAUAAGCACACUCAUAACUGGAGGUUUUAUUUGUAAAAUCUGCACUCUUUUUUUUUUUUUACCAUGUUUAGCAUCUAUUUACAGCGAGCAUUUAGUCAAUAAAGCAUUUGGUAGAGAUAUGUAUAUUGCUGUAUGUUACAAUAUAUCACUCUGUAAGCCUGUAUUUAAUAUACUAUAGGUCCAACUGCGGAGCUACAUGUUCCGGUAAGGUGCUAUGGCAGUCGAUGUACCUGCAAAAUUUGCACUGACUAUUGGCAGAGGUUCUCUUUACUAUUGUGAAUACAUGCGGCCUUAUAGUAAAUGUCGACCUCUGCACGAAAAAGUAGAGUUUCACUUUAAAAUGUAGUCAAACUUUUUUAACUUUGUAUUAACUUAUCAAAUGCAUCUCUAAAAAAAUAAACAUAUACUGUAAUAUAUUAUCUAAAAUAUAUAAUAUUAAAAAUAUUCUUCCAUUUUGUGUAUACAGUUCCUAGGCAUACUUAUUAGAGGUGUGCAAAUCUACAGUAAUAAUCUAGGAAGAAGUGGCUACGAAAAGUAGUUCCGCUUUCCAAGUACCCCGAAUCCCUGCAAAAGCCUUGGAAAAGUAGUUCCACUUUCCAACUGGUGAGAUUCUCUAGAAAAGCCAUACAAGACUUUAGAUUCGGGUUUGCUGAA